AGAGAGGGCGAGAGGGCGUGUUUGUAUUAGUUGGAACUUGGAAAGAAAAAUAAUCCCUUGUGAACCUACACUGUUGGCGUGCACCUCCAAGCAGGAGAUCCGAGCACACACCGAAACGCGCAACCAAACCGUUAGUUUCAGAGCCGAACAAACGGAACCACCAACAAGCCAAACACAAACCUACACUUCUUCUUCUGCUAACCCAAGAAAGAGAAAGAAACAGAGAAAGAGGAAGCGAAAGAGUUCACCAUAACGCAGAAAACUCCACUUUUGAUCACACUCAGAGAUGGACACUGAUUCAGUGGGAAGCGAAGAGUACUCUCUGCUGAAGGAUUUAAGACUCGAAAUUGAAGCAAAGGACGGAACUUUCUCUCUCUGCUUUUGGCUUUAUUUCACGACUUCCUCUGCAUUCCCCUCUACCAUUAUUCAGCAGGUUUACUCUGAUAUCUCUGAAAGUGCUCCUUUUCUUGUUAUUGAUGAUAACAAGAGAAUCCAUUUGUUACCAGUUCUGCUCUUACACGAAGAAGCUCCUGAUACCGGCAAUAUAAAUUCCUGGGCAGAAGUUCCACAUGCAACUGCUGAUUUUAAGUUUCCUUUGGAAAAAUGGGUUCAUGUUGGAUGUCAGGUUUGUCCGGAUUAUAUCCAGCUUCAGAUUAAUGGAGAACUUAAAGGAAAAAUGUCUUUGUGUUCCUCAUUAAACGAAAAAUCUGGUUCAAGUGAUUUGAAGAAACUGACAUUGGCAAAUGUUGGUGGAGAUGAAAAUAGUGUACAGGGUUAUGUGCACAAUUUUGAAAUAUAUCCUACUAUUUUUUCUGUUAAGGAUUACCAUUUAAAGGACCCUCCUCUGAAGUUAUCAAUUGAUGAAUCAUCAGUCUCUGAGAUUGAAGAAGAAAGUGAUGGUGUUUGGGCUGUUGUUGGUGGCAAGGCAUCUUGUCGUAGGAACUUCUCUUUGGAUGUUGUUCUAUCAGAUGCUUUUGGACAGCCUGUAGAUAAGGAGAAUGAGGUUUUUGCUUCACUUUUGUAUGCCGACACUAGAGUUCCAGUGGAGAAUACAACUGAUGAUGAAGCACCCCUCUUAGCUAGUUAUGAUGGAAUUGAAUUUUCUUCUCGUGAAAGACCAAGUAAGCUUUUGCUGGGUCGUGCUUCUUUUAAGCUCAAAAUAUCUCAGCUUUCAUCCAAGUGUGAUAACAGGUUCUUCCUCAUCAGAUUCUGUGUUCCACAUUUAGGAAAUUAUCCUUUUCUUGAGACAUACUCCCAUCCAAUUCGAUGCAUCUCCAGAAGCCGUAACACAAGAUUGUCCACUCUGGUGUGGAAAAGGUCAACUGCCCUUAAUUGCUCUAGUGUAUCUCAAUCUUCAGCUUUGGAUGAUGGGUCCUUGGAACUUCAGCAUUCAGGGCAUGAAGCACAAGCCAAUCCACUAGUGAAGCGGUUUAGACUUGGUCAAGACAAGACAUCUGUAUCAGUGAAGACUGACCCCACCUUAGAGCAACCUGAUGAAGAGUGUAACUCUCAAGUCCAGGCAGCUAACCAGGUUGAAAAUGAAUUUCAAAGAAGCUUUGAUGGAAGGCCCGCAAACUUCAAUGAAGCAUAUGAUUCUCCAUCUGAUUCAGAGAGUAUAGGGGAGGGAAAUUCACCUUUAAAUACUGCGAGUAAAACAUAUCCAAUAUCUGAUAUGACCAUUUUUAAAUACUGCCUUGCGAGCUUAGCUGAGAAAUCUCUCAUACUCAAGGAAAUUGCAACCUCUGCUCCUGACAAAGAAAUUUUAGAAUUCGCUAAUCAUGUGUCAGAGUAUUCAGGAUGUUCACAUCAUGGAAACCAAAUAUUAAUUGCCAAGAGAUUGAUAAACCAUGGAAGAAAUCUCUGGAAGGUGAUGCAUCUAAACAAUCACCACAUUCCUUGGGAGAAUGUUGUGUAUGAGAUUCAAGAGCAUUUCGUGAAUAUUGCUUGUUGCAGUUCAAGGUCUCUCUCACCUCAGGACCUAAAUCUUCUGAGAAGGAUCGCUGGAUGUCAAGAGUACCUAACACAAGAGAACUUCGAGAAGUUGUGGUGUUGGUUGUACCCUGUGGCAAUUACAAUAUCAAGGGACUGGGUAAAUCCUAUCUGGAAAUCGACAUCACCUAAGUGGAUAGAAGGGUUUAUAACCAAGGAGGAAGCUGAAGCUUCACUACAAGGUCCCACAGGAUUUCAAGAACCUGGUACCUUUGUACUCCGAUUUCCUACCUCACGAAGCUGGCCACAUCCAGAUGCUGGUAGCUUAGUUGUAACCUAUGUUGGCAAUGACUACAAACUGCACCACAGGCUACUUUCUCUGCACCAGGUUUAUGGUUCUUAUAGCACUGGCGAUAAAAGAGUUGACAUGAAACCGCUUCAAGAUAUACUAUUGGCAGAACCUGAGCUGUCUCAACUGGGAAGGAUAAUAAGAAGUCAUUAGGCAAACUAUAAUUGUUGCAGAAUGUUCCCAACAAUCGUGUUAAAGUUGCUUUCAAGGUUGGUUGUCUUUGUUAGAAAGACUCAGAAAAGUAGAUGGGAGUGGUGGCCUGUGAACUAUGGUAAUAUAUUCUACAGUUUACUUGUAUAUUAUGAAAAAUUAAGGUUUUAGGCGUAUUGUUGUAAACAUUAGCGGCUGAUCAUCUUUAUAUAAAAAGGUAUCCCCAUUAUUUUUAUUCAAAA